UCCUAAUUUAUUUUAUACUCUCUCAGAUAUACUAAGAUAUAGAACACAUAAACAAGCCACACACGUUGACACGCAAUUCUAGUUAGUUAGCAUUGAAGUUUAAGAUGCCUUUAGAUAAGUUGCUAUUUGAGCUGCAUAACAUUAAGAUAUCGGACUUUCCAAGCGAUAAAUCUAAGUUAAAAGAUUCCAUGGAAGAGGAGACCCUGGGUUCCCAGCUGGAAGAUUUAGGAUUCAAGAAUCAACCGCUGAAGCAAAAAAUUUUGCUGCGAAAGGCUCGACUUAAUUGUUUCUAUGGAAGACCCCAAUCUGAGAGUCUGGAUUGCCAGAACAAAAAUCUUGCUAAUGAGGAGAAGGUGAAAUCAAGUUGGGUUAGAGGCAAACCAUUAUCUAGUGAUACUUUCGACAUGAAGGCCUUGAUGACCAAGUCCGAAAAAGGUGAAAAGUUAAAGAACUUAAAAAGAUUUAAAUCUGAAGAGAUGAUAAACGAAUCUACAGUUCCAAUGGAUUUGGCCUCUAAAAAUGCCUUUGAUUUUAAGGGCCUACAAAUUGAGUGUGAAAAACUGGAGGAUGGCUUCCUAUAUGAAGGUUAUGAAGCUCAAAUGCAGAACCUAGAUGAAGAAAAUGUUGAUGAGCUAGCUUGCUACCUGGAAAAUAUGGCCAACAUACCCAAAGAACUAUCUGCUAUGGCCGAAAUGAUCUACUCAUAAUGUUUUAAACAGAGAUUGUGUCUUUUAGAGUUUGAAGAAUAAACAAGGCUUGCAUAUUUUUUAA